CGAGAAAGGAGGAGGGCGCUACAGGCGACAGCGCUGCAGACGCCAUUAUCCUCUGCUUCUCCGCUGCACGGACGUCGCCGUCGUGCUCGUCUCCCAUUCGAUUGCGGCCUAUUGGUGGAUCCAUUUAAUUCAAGAAAAUGGAGACCGAACAGCCAGAAGAAACCUUCCCCAACACCGAAACCAAUGGUGAAUUUGGUAAACGCCCUGCAGAAGAUAUGGAAGAGGAACAAGCCUUCAAAAGAUCUAGAAAUACUGAUGAGAUGGUUGAAUUGCGCAUUUUGCUUCAGAGCAAGAAUGCUGGGGCAGUGAUUGGAAAAGGAGGCAAGAAUAUUAAGGCUCUCCGUACGGACUACAAUGCCAGUGUUUCAGUCCCAGACAGCAGUGGCCCCGAGCGCAUACUGAGUAUCAGUGCUGAUAUUGAGACGAUUGGAGAAAUUCUGAAGAAAAUCAUCCCUACCUUGGAAGAGGGCCUGCAGUUGCCAUCACCCACUGCAACCAGCCAGCUCCCGCUCGAAUCUGAUGCUGUGGAAUGCUUAAAUUACCAACAUUAUAAAGGAAGCGACUUUGACUGCGAGUUGAGACUGUUGAUUCAUCAGAGUCUGGCAGGAGGAAUUAUUGGUGUUAAAGGUGCUAAAAUCAAAGAACUUCGAGAAAACACUCAGACAACAAUCAAGCUUUUCCAGGAGUGCUGCCCUCAUUCUACUGACAGAGUUGUUCUCAUUGGAGGAAAACCUGAUAGGGUGGUAGAAUGCAUCAAGAUCAUUCUUGACCUUAUAUCUGAGUCUCCCAUCAAAGGACGUGCACAACCUUAUGAUCCCAACUUUUAUGACGAAACCUAUGAUUAUGGUGGUUUUACAAUGAUGUUUGAUGACCGCCGAGGACGGCCUGUAGGAUUUCCCAUGAGGGGAAGAGGUGGUUUUGACAGAAUGCCUCCUGGCCGGGGUGGGCGUCCCAUGCCUCCUUCUAGAAGAGAUUAUGAUGAUAUGAGUCCGCGCCGAGGACCUCCUCCACCUCCUCCUGGUCGAGGUGGACGGGGUGGCAGCAGAGCUCGGAAUCUUCCUCUUCCUCCACCACCACCACCCAGAGGGGGAGAUCUAAUGGCUUAUGACAGAAGAGGAAGGCCUGGAGACCGCUAUGAUGGCAUGGUUGGAUUCAGUGCUGAUGAAACUUGGGACUCUGCAAUUGACACAUGGAGCCCAUCAGAAUGGCAAAUGGCUUAUGAGCCACAGGGUGGUUCUGGAUAUGAUUAUUCUUAUGCAGGGGGUCGAGGCUCAUAUGGUGAUCUUGGCGGACCUAUUAUCACUACACAAGUAACUAUUCCCAAAGAUUUGGCUGGAUCUAUUAUUGGCAAAGGUGGUCAGCGGAUUAAGCAAAUUCGUCAUGAAUCUGGAGCAUCAAUCAAAAUUGAUGAACCUUUAGAAGGAUCUGAAGAUCGGAUCAUUACCAUUACAGGAACCCAGGACCAGAUACAGAAUGCACAGUAUUUGCUGCAGAACAGUGUGAAGCAGUAUGCAGAUGUUGAAGGAUUCUAAUGCAAGAUAUUUUUUCUUUUUUAUAGUGUGAAGCAGUAUUCUGGAAAGUUUUUCUAAGACUAGUGAAGAACUGAAGGAGUCCUGCAUCUUUUUUUUUUUAUCUGCUUCUGUUUAAAAAGCCAACAUUCCUCUGCUUCAUAGGUGUUCUGCAUUUGAGGUGUAGUGAAAUCUUUGCUGUUCACCAGAUGUAAUGUUUUAGUUCCUUACAAACAGGGUUGGGGGGAGGGCAUGCAAAAACUAACAUUGAAAUUUUGAAACAGCAGCAGAGUGAGUGACUUUUAUUUUUUGUUCAUUGUUGGUGGUUUUAAAAAAAUUCCCCCCAUGUAAUUAUUGUGAACACCUUGCUUUGUGGUCACUGUAACAUUGGGGGGGUGGGACAGGGAGGAAAGUAAUAGUCCACAUGUCCCUGGCAUUUGUUCAGAGCAGUGUGCAGAAUGUAAUGCUCUUUUGUAAGAAACGUUUUAUGAUUUUUAAAAUAAAUUUAGUGAAUCUA